AUGGGUUAAUGCAAAGGCAUAAUUCCUUAAUAAAAUUAAAUGUAUCAAGGCAAAUAAUUUGAUUAUGAAUUAAUCAAUAGUUUCAAUACGUAAGAGACAAUUAAUAGAUAUAAAUUAAUAAUUUCAUUUGGGAUUAACUACAAAAAUACUUUGAUGGCUACAGGGUCAGAUCAAUAAAUUAUUGUAUACUAAUUUAAAGAUGGAAGAAUAAAAUAAUUAUAAAUACUUUUGAAUCAUAAAUGCUACAUUACAACUCUUAAUUUUUUUAAGGGGAACUAAAUUUUUAUUUCAGGUUCCAGAGAUUCUUAUUUCAUUUUAUGGUCUAUAAAUUAAGUAUCAAAUGGAAAAUAUUUUUGCAAAGUUAAAGCUCAUAUUGCUGAUAUAAAUUGUAUAGCAUUGUCAGAAUCUAAUGAAAAUUUGAUUAUUUCAUGUAGCGAUGAUUGCACCAUAAUGAUUUGGAAAUCAUUUAGUAACUCUUUUUCAUAAUUAUAAUGCACUUAAAAGAUAACAGAACAUUCAAAUCAUGUAUUUGGAUUAUCUAUUAAUAAUUGUGGUACUCAAUUUUUAUCUUAUGCAAAAGAUGGAUUAAUUUUAGUAAUGGAGAAGAAUAAUUCUCAAAAUUGGAUUCUCAAAUAGAAAAUAUAAACUUUAGGAUAUGGGUAUAGAAUAAAUUACUUAACUAAUUCUAUUUUUUCAUUUUAACCAAGAAUUCCAGAACCACAUAAUAUUCUAUAUAUCUAUUAAUUAGACACUAAAAUUGAUUAAUUUGUUUAAGUAUAAUAAUUAUCUGUGGAAGGGGGAGAUUAAGGCUGCAACACUUAUUUUCAUAUGUAUUAUAAUCCUUUAUAAUGUGUUUUGAUCAAUAAAAAUGGGUUUUACCUUAAUAUAAUCUCUUUUGAUGAAGAAUAAGAACUGAAUUAUUAAUUUAAUGUAAAAAAAGCAAUAAAUUUUAACAUUGAAACUUUGUAUGGUACAUUUGAGUUAAAAUGGUUAAUAUCUAAUUACAUGGGAUACAAGAUCAGUUUAAAUUUAAAUAAGAAAAUAUAUUUGUAAAAAAUGAUUAAAAUUUUUUAAAUUAUAUUAUCAAUGAUUAAACAUUUAUUGUAAUUAGGGGUAAACAUUAAUAAAAAAGUUGAUAAUAAUUUUACUUUAUUAUUAUUUUCUAUAAAAAGCAAUUAAAUUUAUAUUGUUAUAAAUAUAAUCUAGAAAAAUAUUUUACAAUAUGUGAAGGACUUAUUAGUUUACUCAGUGGUCUGCAUUUAACUAUUCGUUUAUGUGAAAUGA